AUGUUUGUGCGCAGCCUCGUCGGAUCGGUGCCAGCAGCAGUUGCUACACGAGCGACAACAACCAGAGUGCCGACGGCAGCUGUACGGCACUGGCGGUUGCUUACAACAACGGCAUGCCGACCGUCCGUGUCGCCGUUCCAGUCGACGACAGCGACUCGGACAUUCCAUAUGUCGCGAAAACUGCUCAGCAAUGCACAGUGGGCCGAGAAGGUCGAGGCUACUUCCAGCGACAUUGGCAGCGCCAGCGAAGAGCACAUAAAUACAGCAGUGGAGAGGCAUGCAAGCGAGACCGAAGCGCACACUGCGACCUCUGCACCCCCGCGGAAUAACAAUGUCCAGUCGCUACAGGCGGUAAUCGACGGCGCGGAGACGGAGCACGUGAGUGCGACGACAUCCCCUUUGCGAGCCAGCCAACAAGCGUCCGAUAUAAGGCCGGGAAAGAAUAUGAGGAAAAGAAUACGCAGACAACAAGAGGCUGCGAGACUGGCCGCGGAAGCUGCAGCGGCAGUAGCAGGCGCGGCAGAAGGGUCGGUAGACCCAGCUGAAGCAGCGAAAUUGGUGCAGAAGCUCAAGCCGAAGAAGGAAAAGAAGGAAAAGAAAGAAAAGAAAAGCAAGUUGGAGAAGAUAAUGGAGGAAAAAGAGGCAAAAAGACAAGCAAAGAAAGACAUUCGGCGAAAGCGGCGGGCGCUCGAAAAGGCGGCUGCGAGCGGUGCUGCGAGCCGUGCUGCGACACAGACUGCGCAGGCUACGCCGCCCAAGCCAAAGACAAAGGUCAAGUCGGCUGCGCCGACAGGCUCCAACGAUGGCAUGCCCGCCAAGCCGUCCCCGGAUACAGCAGAGUCGAAGACGAAACCGCGGCCGCUUCCCAAGCACCCGGAGCCGUGGCAGAUCCAGAAGCAAGCGCUGCGUGAAAAGUUUCCUGGUGGCUGGAACCCGCGCAAGAAGUUGUCCCCUGACGCGCUUGAGGGCAUCCGCGCUCUGCACCGCAAGUUCCCACAGGUCUACACCACUGCCGCCCUCGCCGGCCACUUCAAGGUCUCGCCAGAGGCCAUACGCCGCAUCCUCAAGAGCAAGUGGCAGGCGACGCCCGAGGAGGAAGAGGAUCGCCAGAUGCGCUGGUUCGAGCGCGGCAAGCAGGUAUGGUCGCGCUGGGCCGAGCUGGGCCGCAAGCCGCCGAAGCGCUGGCAAGCCGAGGGCAUUCUGCGGGAGCCGUCAUCGUGGUCGGGCGGCCGGCGGCGGUUGCUGAACCGGAAUCCAAUCCUGUCACGACGGCAAAUCCUGCGCCAGACACGUCAGAACCGGCAGAAUUUCCAGGCCAGCCUGUCUGAAGAGGGCAUCUAUGGGAAAGAGAGUGUCCCAUCCGCCGACGUCAUGCAGCGAGCCAUUGAUAGCAGCGAAGAUGUGGACGCGCCGUCGCGUUCUGUGCCGCUCACUCCCGAGCACGAGAAGACCCUCCGCAAGGCCACGCGGAGCCAGAGCCCUGGUCGCCAGGCAAGGCUGCGGCGGAGCAGCAAGGACGACAAGGACUUGACGGAUGAGUAA